AUGGAAAUUUUCAAUCUCAGUUUUACUCUACGUCCAGAGAGUUUGUGGGCAAACGGAGAAAAGACAGCGUGUUAUUUUACGGAAAUCCUUUAUGUAUUCAUGUCAAUAAACAUACAUACGUAA